GUUCAAUCUUAGAGAGGUUUGAGGCUUACUGUGACAAGUUCGAUGCUCUGACAGACUUGCUUAACGACGGCGAGAUAGUAACUGGUUACUUCAUUCACGGAUUGGAUCCGCGGAUAAGAGGUCGUAUCGAGAAGGAUUACGAUGCUGAAGAGAUCGAAUCAUGGUCAAUCAAGCAGCUCAAGCGUCGAGCUAGGUGGAUAUGUAGGCAUUUAUAUAAGAAGGAUCAAGCUCGCUCUAAUGCUGACCCUAAUUUGGUUGUAGCGGCUGCCACCAUGA